AUGUCAAGGACGUGAUUUCUAACCUCAAAAGAAGAAACGGAAACAAAUUGCAUAUAAUAUUCUUUUGUUUAUAAAUUAUCAUAUAUAAUUAUAAAUGUCACAAUUGUCAUUGUAAUUAACGUUCAGAAACAAAAAUUGUAUUUUAAUUAAUGUUUUUUGUUUAUUUUCAUAAUUAAGAAUUUAUUAUAAAACUUCGUGUAUAAAACAUUUUGUUAUUGUUAUAUUUGUGUUUCGUGUGUGUUUAAAUAUUUUUUCUUUUCAAGUGAAAAAAAAAAAAAAAAAAAAAAAAAACAAAAAAUGGAUGAUGAAAUUGAAGAAAGUGCUCUAAAACAGGUUAUUUCAAUACGAUUAGAAUCGAGUGUUUUACAAGAGGCUUCCGAGAAAAUUUCACAAAUUAUUAAAAAUAAUAAAUCAUCAAAUAAAGAUACAAAACAAUUAGAGAGUGAAAUUAAAAAUGAAGAAAAUUUCAAUCAAAAUGAAUUGGUUAGAACUGGUGAAAUUACACCGUUUCAGGCGGAGGAGAAAAUUAAUUUUCAACAAUCAAAUGGAAAAUCGAAUGAAACAAAUCAAUUAACACAAUUUGAAAAUUAUUUAAAACAUCAAGCUGAAUUGUCAAAAAUUUGUAAAUUUUUGAAAAAACGCAAAAACACUACACCAACUUUAAAUGAAAUAAAAAAUAAAAAAUCCAAAAUCACAAAAUCAAAUAACGAUAAUUGUGAAUAUGAAAAUUUAAAUAAAAAUUCAAAAACAAUUGCAAAUAAUGAUAAUUGUGAAUAUCAAAAUGAAAAUUUAAAUAAAAUCGAAGAUAAUCAUAAAGAAACAAUAAAUGAAGGAGAAAAUGAAAUUUUCGAAAAGGUAAAUUCAAAUCGAAUUUUUACAAGGGGAAAAAAAAUUACCAUCGAAGAAAAAGAAGAAGAAGAAGAAGAAGAAGAAGAAGAGGAAAAUAUAAAAAAUUCUGAUUCUGGAAGUGAAUAUCUACCAAGCGACGAGGAAAAUUCAAACAAUGAUUAUUUAAUAAAACGAAAAGUGAAUAUAGAAAAAAAUAAAUUAAAAUUCAAUCGGGAAAUUGACGAUGGUGAUGAGGAAAUUUAUCGUGAACGUGUACGUGGUACAAGAAGACUAAAAAAAGAACCAAUGCAUAAUAUUGAUAAUUUAUUUAAAGUACCAGAGAAAAUAUGGAAAAAUUUGUAUCACUAUCAACGUGUAUCGGUUCAAUGGCUAUGGGAAUUAAAUAAUCGCAAUGUUGGCGGUUUAAUGGGUGAUGAAAUGGGUUUAGGAAAAACGGUUCAAGUAAUUGCAUUUCUCGCCGGUCUUGAAGCAAGUGAAUUACUUCUUGAUGAUGGACGAUUUCGUGGAUUGGGACCAACACUUAUUGUUUGUCCUGCAACUCUACUCGAUCAAUGGGUAAAACAUUUUCACAAUUGGAGUCCAAUAACACGUGUUGCACUUCUUCAUCAUUCAGGCUCAUUUCAAGGCAAAACUAGCGAUUUAAUUGAAAGCAUAAAACACGGUGGUAUUUUAUUAACAUCCUACACUGGCGUUCUAUUAAACAAUGAUCUGCUAAUAAAAACUGAUUGGCAUUAUGUGAUACUCGAUGAGGGACACAAAAUUCGUAAUCCCGAUGCAAAAGUAACAAAAUUAGUUAAACAAUUUUCAACACCACAUCGUUUACUUCUUACCGGUAGUCCAAUGCAAAAUUCACUUAAAGAAUUAUGGUCGUUAUUUGAUUUUAUUCUACCAGGUAAAUUGGGAACACUUGUUGCAUUUAUUGAACAUUGCGCAAAUCCAAUAACACGCGGUGGCUAUACAAAUGCAACACAAUUACAAGAGGCAACUGCAUUACAAAUGGCAACAAUGUUACGAAAUGCAAUAACACCAUAUAUGUUGAGACGAACGAAAAUUGAUGUUCAACAUCAUUUAAAUUUACCGGAAAAAAAUGAACAAGUUUUAUUUUGUAGUUUAAGUGAUGAGCAAAAAAAAUUUUAUAGAGAAUAUUUAUUGUCCGAUGAUGUUUCACAUGUUAUACAUGAAAGAAAUUCGAGAAAUGGAAUUUAUCGUGCAAGAAUGUUGGUUGCAUUAACGGCAUUGAGAAAACUUUGUAAUCAUCCGGAUUUAUUUUUAUUUAAUCAUCAAAUUAUGGACUCGGAGGACGAUGAAUGUAUGGAAUUAACAGAGGAAAUUAUGGAAACAUUUGGUCAUUGGAAACGUGCUGGAAAAAUGAUUGUAGUUCGUUCGUUGUUAAAAAUUUGGAAAAAACAAGGACAUCGAGUUUUGCUAUUUACACAAAGUCGACAAAUGAUGCACAUUCUCGAGGCUUUGAUACAAUUGGAAAAAUAUUCUUAUUUACGAUUAGAUGGCAUGACUCCAAUGGGUCAAAGGCAGCAAACAAUUGAAAAAUUUAAUACAGAAUCUUUGUAUUUUGUCUUUUUAUCGACAACAAGAGUUGGUGGUUUAGGUGUGAAUUUAACUGGUGCAAAUCGAGUUAUUAUUUAUGAUCCCGAUUGGAAUCCAGCGAUCGAUUCACAAGCAAGAGAGAGAGCAUGGCGAAUUGGACAGGAUAAAAAUGUCACUAUUUAUCGUUUAAUAACCGCUGGAACAAUCGAAGAAAAGAUUUAUCAUCGGCAAGUAUUCAAAUUAUUACUCUCGAAUAAAAUCCUCGAGGAUCCACGGCAACGACGACUUUUUCACACAACCGAUAUAACGGAAUUAUUUAAUUUAAACGAAACUUUUGACGGUGAAGCCGAAUCAAAUGAAUUAUUUAAACAUUCGAAACUUGAUGCGCCAAUGAAGAAACAAAAGAAGAAAAGAAAAAAGAUCAAGAAAAAUAUAAUGACAAAUUUUUCCUCAACUAAAUUGAAUGCAAUGCGAAAACUUGCCGCGGAACUUAGUAAGGAAAUUGGUAAAAAAGGAAAAAGCAAUGAUGAAAUUUUGAAAAAUAGGGAAAAAUCGAAAAAUUAUUUUGAAAAAAGUGAAAAAAUUAGAAAAAAUUCGAAUAAUUUGAAAAUUGAAAUUUUUUGCCAAAAUCAACAAAUACAGAAUAAAUUUAAUGAAAUGGAAAAUAUUGAUAGUAAAAUUGAAAAUAUUGAUGACAAUAAAAAUGACGAAGAAAAUGAAAAUUUGGAAAAUAAAAUCGAAAAUAAAAACGAAAAUGAAAAUAAAAUGGAAAAAUUGGAAAAUUCGGAGAAAAUAAAGGAAAAUAUAGAAAAUAAAAUUGAAAAUACAGAAAAUAAAAUCCAUGGAAACGAAUGUAAAAUGGAAGUAUCGGAAAAUUCUGUACAAAGAAAGGAAAAUAAAAUACAAUUGGAAAAUUUCACGCAAGAAAAAGAAAAGAAAAUGGAAAAUUCCGUGGAAAGAAAGGAAAAUAAUAUCGCUGAAAGUGAUGGAAAAAAAGAAAAUUCUCCAAAAAAUGAAGAAAAUAAAAAAGUCAAUGACACAAUUGAAAGAGAAAAAAAUGAAAAUUUAUCGAAUAAAAAGAAGAAAUUUGAAGAAAAAAUUGCAUUAUCAAGUGAAGAGGAGGGAGAAAUUCGUGAAACAGAAGAGACAAUAAAAAUUGUAAACGAAGAAAAAAGAAAGAAACGAAAAAAGAAAAAGAAUAAAAAAUUGAAUAAUAGAAAAAAACAAGUGUCAGCAAUAUUUGAAGGUGAACAAGUUCCAUGUUUAAUUGGUCGACGACUUGGAUAUUCAAAAGAAUAUCAAGAGCCAAUUGCCACCGACGAUGAUGAUUAUGUUCUCUAUAAAUUAUUCUCCAAAGCUGUGGUGAGUUCGGCAUUUCAACACGAUUCUGUGAUUUCGCGAACAAGUGGCGAGCCAAUUGAAAAAAGUCUUUUGGAACGCACUGCCGUUGAAACUGCAAAUGAGGGAAUGGAAAAAAUACGCAAUUCCCGACGUUAUUACAAUAAACCGUCGUGGAAAUCAAAUGAAUAAAUUUGGUUCCAAAAAAACAGAAAAAGAAACAAAAAAAGAAGAAACAGAAGAAAAAAAGUACAAAAAAAAAAUUUAAACUGUAAAUAAUUAAUUCGCAAAAAAAAGCGCAAUUAUUUUUUUCCCCCACAAAAA